AAAAACAACAAAUUUAAAUUUUGCUAUUUAAUCAAUUAAAACUCUUAAAAUACGCAUAAAAAACAUCAAAUAACAAGAUAUAUACAGACAGUAAUCAUUAAAUGAAAAAUGGACAUAAACUUAAAAACAAUUGGAGUUACAAUAUCGAACGAUGACAUCGUCUAUCCAUUUAAUCUCCAAGCUUGGGAUGAUCUCUUAAUACAGCGUAUGAAGUUCUCGUGUGAAGUAUUUUCUUAUAAUCAUGACAAUAUAACACCGACAAACAUACAGUUGUCAAGCACAAAAACUAAAAAGCCGACUGAAUAUCCACAACUUAACAUCAAUAAGACCAAAGUUUAUGACAAUGCUGAUCAUAAUGAGAAGAACUUCAUUAUGCUGCAUCCUUAUAUACUUCCUGACUGUACAUUAAAGAAUACACAUUAUUUGAAAAGUGAAAUGUCUCCUUUUUCUGAGAAGACUGGUUAUAUUUUGGCAUGUUUAACUACAUCAGGAAUGAUUGAACUAUACAACUACAAUAUUGAUACCUGCGAAUUAAAAAAUAUUGAUGUUAAUUUCUCUGAAUUGAGAAAGAAUUCACUGAAAGUUCCAACAAAGGAAAUCGUUAAACUGGAUGUGCUUCGUAAAACGCUUAAUCAAGUAACUUUUAGCAAUUUUGAAUGGUGUGCGAUUCCUUACGAAGACUUUAAACUGCUUAUUUGCACAACUAAGAGUGAUGACUUGAUAAUUUAUCACAUCCAGGACGAUACAGUCGUUGAAAUAAAGUCAACAAAAAUUGAAGGAAUCAACAGGAACAAAAUGAAAUGGAUGGACAUGAAUGAUCAGCAUUACAUUGCUUUUAGCACCGAUAAAGGAGAUUUAGUGCGAUAUUCAGUAGAACUUGAAGAUGAUGGAACCGUAAAUGAUAUUAAGAAAGUCGGUACGAUUGAUGGAAAGCUGAAAAUGCCAAUAAAUUUCAUGGGAAUUGACUAUCAUGAAACAUCGACGAUAUUGUUCUGCUUUAAAGGACAUACACUUGAAAUCUUCCACUUACAAGAAGACAAAGUAGAGCUUGUAUGCAGCAAAUAUGUAGACAUGUCAAUAACUGGAUUUACUCUCUGCGAUAAUCUUGAAUACAUGCUUUGUACUCUCAAUUCAAGAGUAUAUUACAUAAAAUUGAGUAUCGAGAAUGGUCGAAUGCUGUUAAGUACCUUCAGCAAACUUGGUUUCGAUUCCUUGAUGGAUGAUUUGGACAUAGCUAGCAAUUAUUCGUUUUAUGGCAUCGGUGCUUCUAAGAACAAUGUUUUGAUCUAUCUAUCGUGCUAUCCGCAGAAUGCUUACGAUCAUCUCAUCAAUAAACAACCGAAUCACAUUUCAAUAAAUUUAUUCACAAAACAUGAUCCAGUACAAAUAAUCUUAAACAAUCCAACAUUAAGAAUGACUGACUAUAUAGACUGCAUUGAGGCUAUACGAUUCAUAGGAUCAAAUAAGUUAGAGACGCUUGGUGUUUUGGAACAAAUGGAUUAUGACAUUGCUAUAACUUACAAGUUCCUUUAUUACCUUAAAAUACAACUGCUGCUGAUUAAUAUUAAGCUGAUUUAUUACCAAAUGAAAUCCAGGAACAUAUUCGACAUUAUUGAUCAGUCAAAGGUAUCAAUUGGCGAACUUAUUCGUGUCAUAAAUACACAAUUGCUGCUUAAUGUCAUGUUUAAAUCAAAGACAAUGACCGAUGUCCACUAUAGAGUCAUAAAAAGCCUCAAGAAGCUUAUCAUCAAAUAUUGCAAUUCAGUACAGGACAAGGAACCUUUCAAUACUGCCUUAGAGACACUGAAACCACAACUUAAUGAGACAUUAAAAGUUUGUAAUGAAAAAUUGAAAGGAAAGAAAGUUCAGGCUGAGCUGUGCUGCUUCUGUUUUGAGGAACUAAAUGAUAAUCAAUUAGAAUGCAGUUCCGGACAUAAAUUGAAGCGUUGUGCUACAACCAAUUUGCCUGUGUCACUUGAUUGCACAAACUUUUGUAAGCAAUGUCGGGAAAGCUUUACGUCUUUAGAGAUUUUGUCAUUAAUCAUUGAGGAUCCAUCGAAAUUUGAUAUAUUUUUAUGUCCAUUGUGUGACUUGAAGUUUGUACUGAAUGAAUAAUAAAGGAACUUAUUCAUUGGACAUGAUAACUUUUCUUAACAUUUUAGCUGUGCUGUUCUUUAAAUUGAAUGAUAAAGUCGCAAUAUAUUCAUCGUCCGUAUAGUCCAUGCCAAGUGCUUUGUUGUGUAGGAUAUGGAUGUAGUUCUUGGCUAGCUUUAAUGUCUCAAUUUUCGGUAAAUGCUGGAACUCGCUUGAUCCAUUCAAUAUUGAAGUCUGCAGCACACUUCUAAGAUAUAUUAAUGCUUUAUUGAUGGCCAACAUCCUUACACGCUCACGUUGUGCCUUGAAAAACUUUUUGUCACCUUUCCUUUUUGUUAGCCUCAUGACUUGAUUAAUGCUU